AUGUCUAGUUCUUUUGAGAAAUCCGUCAAGGGUGCAACCAAGAUCAAGGCCGCUCCUCCAAAAACCAAAUAUAUCGAGCAUAUCCUUGUCGCUACGCACGCCGGAGAAGCGGGAGUGGGAGAAGUUUUUCGGGCAUUGCAGUUUCGAUUGCGAGACUCGACAUGGACUGUAGUACUCAAGAGCUUGAUAACAAUCCAUUUGAUGAUCAGAGAAGGGUCGCCGGAUGCCACACUAGCGUAUCUCGCGAAGCAUCGAAGCCAGCUAGCAAUAGGCUCAUUCACCGAUGCGCAAAUUCAGGGGCGAAACAUACGACACUAUGCCGGCUACCUCGCAGAACGCGUACGCGCAUACAGAGAUACGAGAAUAGAUUGGGUCCGAGCUAAAGAAACGCGACUUGAGAAGCUUUCGGUUGACAAGGGAUUACUCCGAGAAACUGAGGCGGUUCAGCAUCAGCUUACUGCCCUGCUGAAGUGUGAUGUUCUUGAGGAUCCCGAAAACGAAAUUACAAUUACCGUGUUCCGACUUUUGGUGCUGGAUUUAUUAGCGCUAUUCCAGGUGUUGAACCAAGCUAUGAUCAACAUUUUAGGGCACUUUUUUGAAAUGUCAAGGCCAGACGCAGAGAGGGCUUUGGAAAUUUACCAGAAUUUCACUAAACAAACAGACUACGUCGUACAAUAUCUGGCUGUAGCGCGACAAUGGGAGCCUCAUACUAGAGUAGAGGUUCCUAAGCUGAAGCACGCUCCUAUCAAUCUUCGACGGCAACUAGAAGAAUAUUUGAAAGAUCCCGAUUUCGAAAUUCAUCGAAGACAAUACCUGGCUGAGCUCGAGGCCAAGAAGAAGGGAGGAUCUGGUUUAUCUUCGAAAGCCGAUAAAGGUACUGCAGACUCUAAGGCCGCUGCCGCAAAGUCUAAUGGACCAUCCGGAACUUCAUCCAAGCCGCCGCAGGCAACAAGAGGACCGGAUCCGGAUCUAAUCGAUUUCUUCGACUCGAUUGAGCAGAAUCAAACCACAAUGGCAGUGCAACCGAAUCCUCAGCCGCAGAUUGCCCAGGCAAACCUUCCCAUGUCUACAGGGAACCCUUGGCCUUCAAAUACUCCCUUCGCCAUACAGCCAACCGGCCAGCUUCAAGACAAUGGUUUCAUACCUCAGCAGACCGGGUUCCCAGUUAAUAAUACACCUUUCCAACAACAGAAUGUUGGCGCUUUCUCCCAGCAACAACAAGUACCAAACCAAAUACAGCCGAGUUUCACCGGUGCUGGUUUCGGCGGAUAUACACCGCAAUCUUUCGCGCCAGGCAGUCUUCCUCCUGUACCCCAGAAUUCUGCGCCUUCUUUCCAGCCUGGGACUUUAUCCCCACAUAUGCAGACAGGGCUUCAGCCUGGCCAGCAGAUAACUAAUCCUUUCAGAGCGUCUAUGCUGAUGGCCAACCCUACUGGAGCACCUAAUAAUUCCUUUGCCGCACAAACUAGCCCCCAACUUCAGGCCGGCGGUCUUAGCCGGCAAAAUACCAAUCCUUUCGCCAGAUCUUCCCCUCAGCCUGUCACCCCCUUUUCUAAUCCUCCCUCCAGCUCUCCUUUCCAGUCGCAACCUCCGGUUCAGGCUCAAGCCCCUCCCAUUCAAACAACAGCCACGGGCACCAAUCCAUUUGCCAGGAACUUUGGACAGCCACAAAUCCAACCUCAGGGCCAGCCUCAGACUCAGCCGCAAAGGCCUCAGACGAGCGCCGGGCUCAUGCCGCAGCCUACGGGAAGUACGAACCCAUUCCGGCAAGGAGCUUUUGUAAACCAUCAGACCGGAAUGGGUUGGCAACACGGACAGCAGCCGAUGGGCGGGGGUCUAGAUCAGCUCCAGGCUAUGCCUGUGUUCCCUCGACCUACUACCCAGACGCCUUGGCAGCAGUAG